AUGAUCGGUAAAAAGGAAGAUAAAAAUAUCAAGCAAUAUCUUAUCAAAAAAGAAUAAUCACCAGAGUAAAGACUAAUCUAGCUUAAAAGGACUACAUUACCAUUAAUGACUGCUGUUGCAAUAACCAGUGUGUUGUAUUCUACAUUUACCUCCUUGGAUCUUCUAGGAUCAGCUUAGUAUAUAGCUUUUUUUAUAUUGAGCUUAAUCCUUAGAGUUAUUUAAGGCUUUACCAGCGCAGCUAUCUAGAUUUGUGCUUUUUCCUUUGCUACAUUUGAGAUGAAUCAUGAAAAAGAUACCUAUAUUGGCUAUGUAGAGAUGGCUCUUGGAGUAGGAGCAAUGGGUGGCCCAGCAGUCGCUAGCUUCUUAUUUGAUUAUAUUGGUUAUAAUUCCAGAUACAUUAAAUGA